UACUGCUGGAGCUGAGUAAAUAAUGGGGAAACUCAGUAAGUUUGAGGCAGAAAAGCAACGAGAUUCGUCGACUUAGCGAAGCUUUAAAACUCUCCCGUGUCCCGGGCUAACAGCCGUUCAUCCCGGAGCUUCUCUGAUGCCGCUUCCCGUUCAUACCGGCAGUGUUUUGGUGCAUCCCUAUGGACGUUAACGCUAGCUGCUAACCCGAAGUCGCUAGCACCACAGUGCACCUGUCACGGUCUGCUUUGUCUCUUUCAUAUCAGUGGUUCACUUUUCUAUUAUCUAUUAGUUCAUAUAAACAUUAUCUACUUUUACCGGUUAGUUUCCCCAGCGUGGAAGCUGUUACUGUAUCUGAAAACAAAGCCAGACAAAGAGGAUGGACUGACAGCAACUCUGUGCGUCUAGAAAUGUAUGAUAGGAGUUGUGUUUGCGUCCCACUGGAUAUUUCUAAACCCAAACAGUAAAGUAGUCUCUAAAUUACACAAUGGCGUCCUCCAAAGCAAAGGUUGGAGUCAACAAUGAGACCAACUCCCUGAAAGACAGUAAAAGCAACGCCGGCAGUUCAGCUGGAGAAGCAUCACCAAAUAACCGGAUAUAUUGCCUUGAUGAGCUGGAGACCAUCGCUACAGUGGGCACAGGGACUUUCGGCCGAGUCUUCCUGGUCAAGGACAAGAAGAGCAGGGCCUUCUACGCCCUGAAGCAGAUGAAGAUCCCCGACGUGAUCCGACUCAAGCAGGAACAGCACGUCCACAAUGAGAAGGAGGUGCUGACAGAGGUCAACCACCCAUUCCUCAUCCGACUGUUUUGGACCCACCAUGACGAACGCUUCCUCUACAUGCUGAUGGACUACGUGCCCGGUGGUGAGCUGUUCAGCUACCUGCGCAGCCGCGGCCGCUUCAGCAACAACACCGGCCUCUUCUAUACCUCUGAGAUCGUUUGUGCCAUCGAGUACCUCCACUCCAAAGAAAUCGUCUACCGUGACCUGAAGCCAGAGAACAUCCUGCUGGACAGUGAAGGACACAUCCGCCUGACCGACUUCGGCUUCGCUAAAAAGCUCUCUGACAGGACCUGGACUCUGUGCGGCACUCCUGAGUACCUGGCUCCUGAAGUCAUCCAAAGCAAAGGUCAUGGUCGAGCAGUGGACUGGUGGGCUCUGGGCAUCCUGGUCUUUGAGAUGCUGGCUGGGUACCCACCUUUCUUUGAUGACAAUCCGUUUGGAAUCUACCAGAAGAUCCUGGCUGGAAAACUGGAAUUCCCACGCCAUCUGGAUUUCCAUGUCAAAGACCUCAUCAAGAAGUUUCUGGUCAUUGACCGAGCCAGGCGGCUAGGCAACAUGAAGAAUGGAGCAGACGAUGUGAAAAAGCACCGAUGGUUUAAGACCAUCGACUGGGAUGCAGUUCCUGUGAGGAAACUGAAGCCACCUAUACUUCCUAAAGUCUCUCAUGAGGGCGACACCUCCAACUUUGAUGUUUACCCAGAGGACGACUGGAAGAAAGAUCCUCCCGUGCCUCAGAAGGACUUGGAGAUCUUCAAGAACUUCUGAUCACUCAGCCUGGCUUAUUUAUUAACAUUAAUAUCCUGAGAUUUGACAGACAUAUAAUAAAGUGACACUACUGUUCCAGGUACCCAUCAUAAAGGAAACAGCUAUUUAUCAAAGCAGGGAUCUAACAUUUUAGUUCUAAAAACAGCCCCCCCCCCCCCCCCCCCUCUUCAAAGACAAACUCCAAAUGAUUGAUGCUGUGACAUGUGUCAUAACCACAAAGAUGAUUUGCUUUUUAUAUUUUUUAUUUAUCUGACUAAAGUUUAGCUGUUUUGUUUUUUUAUUUUCAUCCCUGCUUUUUCUCUGAGCCUGCUCAUAUGCAAAAAAAAAAAAAGUGGUUCCUUUAAAACCAAAAGACUGUUACUUUCUAGGUUUGAAAAAGAGAAUUAAUCAGGUCUUUUUUUUAUAUCAUGUUUUAUAUUUUAUCUCUUUUUUAAAUGUUCAUGUGGUCAUAUUUAAAUGUGACUGUAGACUUUAUCCUGACUGGUGCUGUAACUGUCAGUUGUCAUGAGUGUGGGGUAUUUAGACUUGUAUGUACAGUGAGAGUGAGUCAGCCACUUUAUUUGAGCAUUUGUGACCAGUAGCACUUGUAAAAAGGUGCCUUACAUCACAGUUUGAUGGGCAUGAUGUCGCAAAUUAUACAAAGUUCAUUUGAAAUUGUGCUUUUUUUCUCAGCCGUCAGCGUGCCGCUCGCUCUGUGCUAAUGGAAGUGGAAUCAUGGGACUGUCAGUGCGUGUGAGGUAGAGACCACGCUGCUGAAUGUGCCGUCGUGUCUCCUGCUGUACAGUUUUUUCUUCUUCCAGCUCUGUCAUUUCCUGCCUCAGCAGGUUUAUUCACAGCCAAAGUACUUUGUUAUUAUCAUACAGUCCCAUCUGGUCUGCUAAUGAACAGCUGAGUUUCCCAUGACACCCAGCUCACUUCACUCAUCAUCAUCAUCAUCAUCAUCAUCAUCAUCACCAUCGUUGUUGUCCUGUGUGGUGAAAGGUGUUGGGACCCCGCUCACUAUUCUUUCAUCACAUAAUCCAUAAUAUGUAAAUAUAUCAAUUAACUGAUAUCUCCACACAAUAUUGGCCUUUAAACUCAAUAUUUGCUGCCAUUUUUGUGCCUCAGCCUUCAUCACUGAGCUUCUACCAAGCUAAAAGAAUCUCAUCAUCAAGUGUUCAGACUGAAAGCAGCACUGUGUUAAAAGAACAAGUAGGUGGAAGUGAAUGUGAGUGAUUUGAUUUGAUGGUUAGAGAUGAAAUAAGGUUAAAUGUGGUUAUUUUAUGAUUUAUGUUAUACCUUCAGAGUUAAAACAGAUGUGUUCAGACAGGCCAGCACACUGACUGUAAAUGGAAGUAAAAGGAUAUAAAGAUGUUUCUGUAUCAUGGUUACAGGUGUAGCUCUUUGGUGGCCUGUGUUGGACCUGAAUGAGACGAAUGAAUCAGAUCAGCAGCUGGAACAUCUGCUGUGUGGAUGUCAGGUGAUGAAAUGCAGUGUGAGUGAUAGAUUACUCAAAGUGUUUAAUACAGGGUUCAACUAUUCUAGUUCUGCAACUAACCAGUAUUUCCAUUAUCCUUUCAUUUCUCCAUUAAUUCACUUUACUGUCACAGAGGACUAAACAAACCAGAAAAUAUUCUUAUUUAAGAAGCUGGAAUUAGAGUUAUUUGGGGGUAUUACAUGACUUUUUUGCU